AUAUAUAUAUAUUACAAUUCUAUUUGCUUACAAAGAUAAAUUGCCUAAUUGGUUUGUGGACAGUGAAACUGUGAUAGAUUUUUUUUUGUUGAACUUUGGAAUACAAUCUACAAUGAAGCUCCGAAUUAGAGCAUCUGGCUUAUAAACAAACUAUGAAUUCAUAAUAAAGCAAGUUGAACACCGUCUUGAAGCAGUCUUGUUUUUUUACAAUUACAAAUAAUAUCUGAUCAUUUUUAAAGUGGAAUAAUUUAGCGACAAUGUCGGAGAUUUUAGAGAAAACAGAAAGUGGAUCCGAUGCUCGACGACGAAUACUAAAUAUUGCGGUCUCCACAAUUCUUUUAGAAGCUGGAUUCGAUGCAGCCGAUAAAAUGUCAUUAGAAACUUUAACUGAAAUGCUGCAAUGUUUUUUAUCAGAGGUUGGUAAUUCAGCGAAAGGCUAUUGUGAACUUUCUGGCAGAGUAGAACCAGUUCUGGGAGAUGUUAUGAUGGCUCUUCUUAAUAUGGGUAUAAAUUUGCAUGGACUAGAACAAUAUGCAGCUCGUCCAAACAGACAUGUGAUCCAACCUCCACAACAAGCGCCAACUCCAAGGACACCGGCCAUGUUGUCUGCAGGUUCAAAAGCGAAACCUGCUCCUCACAUACCAUUUCAUUUGCCGCCACUGCCAGAUCCUCAUGCUUAUAUAAGGACACCAACUCACAAACAACCUGUUACUGAGUAUGAGGCAAUUCGAGAAAAAGCAGCAUCACAGAAGAGGGAUAUUGAGAGAGCUCUAACAAAAUUCUUGGCAAAAACAAGUGAAACUCACAACUUGUUUAAUACAGAAGACAAUCAAGUUUUUCCAUUAAUUGCAUGUAAGCCAACAUUCCCAGCAUAUCUGCCAUGCUUACUACCAACAGAUCAAGUGUUUGAUUUUGAUGAAUUGGAAUAUCAUUUCCAAGUGGCCAAUCGCACUGAGGAUAUGCCUACAGAAAAGAAAGAUCAAUCUGAUAAUGAGGGUGAAAAUGGUGCUGACAAUGAAAAUGCGAAUUCCCAACCCGAGAAUCAAGACUUGGUGGCAUCAAGUCCAGAUCGAAAUAAAUCUGGUGGAUAAAUGUUUAUAAUUUUUAAGAGAGAUAUAUUUAAUUAGAAUAUAAAAAUAUUGCUACAA